UACGCGUGUGAAUCUUCGCGUAGCUGCUCUAUUACGGAAAAUACUCAAAACUUAUCGAAUUUCAAUGAUAACGACUUCUUUUAGGACUCAAUGAACCCUACACCGGACUCGUACAUGUGCUGUUUAUGCUAUGUGGUAUAGCCAAAACUGCACAGAUAGUCCUCGAACGGCCCAGCAGAUUCGCUGUCGGGACGCAUCUUAGAGACACGAUGCUAAAACCACUACCUCCACCAGCUCCUUUCAGACCUAUACGACGUCGCCGUCAUGGAAUUCUCAGAUCGAGGAAUGUUGUUUUGACUCUCUUGAUAGUCCUAGUGCUAGCUACCUACCUCAAAUUUCGUUCAGGUCCGACGGAUCCUCUACACGAUGACUUCAGCGAUCUGAUUGCCCAAGAGAAAGAGCCAGGAGCUGUUUUCAAAGACCUAGCUGUGGAUCUCGACACCGGAGUCAGAGGAUCCCAACGAAUUACAUCGAGCGAGCCAGGGCUAAUCGUUAGGAGAAGUGCAUUUGUAGUUGCCAGCCGCAAAACGGAGGACACUGCCUGGCUCAAGAGAUUUUUUCCACAAUGGGAGAGGUGGAUAUAUUAUGUUGAUGAGCCGACAGCUGAGCUUUCUAUACCCAAGAACAAAGGCAGAGAGAGCAUGGUGUAUCUCACAUUUAUCAUUGACAACUACGAUAACCUUCCAGAUGACGUUGUUUUCAUACAUCCAACGAGAUUUCAAUGGCAUAACGACGACCCCGACUAUGACGGGCUACGGAUGCUAAGACUGUUCCGACUAUCAUAUUUGCGAAAGGAAGGAUACGUGAACAUGCGAUGCGUCUGGGUACUGGGUUGCCCUAACGAAAUAAAGCCCCUUCAACAAGAAGGCCAUCAUCGCGACGCAGUCCAUGCAGGAGAAGUAUAUAAGAAAGCAUUCGAAGAUCUAUUUCCUCAGAAGCCAGUCCCGGCGGCAAUCGGGGUUUCGUGCUGUGCUCAGUUCGCUGCUACUAAAGAAAAGAUUUUGGAAAAUCCGAAGAGAGAGUACCAGCGAUACAGGCAAUGGAUUCUUGAUACUGACCACGCCGAUGAUAUUUCUGGCCGAAUUUUUGAGUAUUCGUGGCAUAUCAUUUUUGGGAAGGAUCCGGUACAUUGCCCGAAGGCAUCAGAGUGCUAUUGUAACGUGUUUGGCCUCUGUGAUCUUGAGUGCUAUAAAGACGACUCCUGUGAAGGCCGCUAUGCACUCCCGCCAUAUUCAACAUUACCGAAGGGAUGGCCCCGGCUCGACUGGAAUGGUAAACCGCGAGAAGUAUCUACGAACGAUUAUUAAUAUUACAUUAAUCUAGUCUUUAGAUCUAACACUUCUAUUCUAAGUAGAGUAUCAAUAGAGUCAAUACUAGUAGUUUUGAACCCCUAUCACUAGACUAGAUAGAACUGUUAAUUGAAUUUAUU